AUGGCGGGAAUAGCUAUAGUUUUAGAUCUACUUAAGAAAUCUCAUAACAGUCACCGUAUCCACUCAUCGUCUCUGUCUCCCGCCUCCGCCGCCGCCGUUUCUGCUGCCGCCAGUGCUCCUUUCGCGUCUAGGUUUCUCUUCGGUUCUUUUGAGCCACGAGUUGCGUACUGUGAUGCCGCCGCCGCAGCAGCUGGAAUAGAUGGUGAUUACAUUGCUGCUGUACGGAGAAUGUCUGUAGAUUCUUUGCAGCUUCAAGCUCCUCCUCCUACAUACAUUCCUAGUUCUAAGGUUUACAAUAUCCAGCAAAAGCCGCUUUUCUCGGCCUUUGAGUUCAGGGCGCUUGCAAUGACCACAGUGAGGUCCCUUUUGAUGUUCUAUCUGCCUCUUUUAGAGCCUAAACCUGCUUCUGAGGACGACGAUGAUUUCCUCAACAAUGUAGCGGAAGAACCACCACGCCGCGUAGACUUGAUUGUUCCUCUUAAAAAAUCAGUCAAGCAGAUUGCCCGUGAGACCACAGUUGUAACUACGAGAAGAGUUCUUGAAAGGCUGGCUAUUAGUUAUGUCUCACAGCGUAUGGCAUGGAAACUACUAAAGGAUGUACCUCGGUCAACUUUACGCAAAGCUGGGAGAGGGUGGCCCACACAUUUAUACAUCUAUAAAGUCAGCCAGACAACUCUUAGAGGACACUUCCUCGGAGUUGCAGCAUCGUGGACAGUUCAAGUAGGUAUAGAGAUCUACAGAUGUGUGUUCCGGUAUGUUAAACCGGAGGAGGAGGAAGGAGAAGGGGAACAAGUUGUGAUAUCAGAGAAAGCCAAGGAUCUUGGAAACAAAGUUGUGGGUAUCACAGUACGAUGUGGCGCUUCGUUACUUUUUGCUGCCAUUGGAUCUGGCAUCUGCUCUUGUCUCAUACGUCCCUCCAUGGGCCAAUGGAUCGGGUGCGCGCUGGGGGACUUGGCUGGUCCGAUGGUUGUUUCGAUUUGCUUGCAAAAGACUCUUCAAGCUGAUCAUUAA